AUAGAGCACAGCUGCAUCCCCCAUGCACUGCCCUGCACGCUGCCUCUCACAUCUGCAGCUGCUUUAUGGCACAGCCCCCCACGUCCCCCCGAGGCCGGUGCUGGUUGUGGGGCUGCUGCUGGCAGGCAUGGGGUGCACACAUGGUUAAUGCUGUCUGCUGCUGGGCCCACAUCUGGCAGGGGGGGAAGGGCUGCUCCUCUCUCCUCCUUUGCUUUCCAGAAGUGCAUUUCCGCCCGGCCAUAGGAGGAGAGGAGGCUGUCACAGGGGCAGGCUCUGCCCCACAACGAGGGGGCAGGCAGCGCAGCACCACGCAAUGCCCUAAGCAGCAAAGGAAGCACGGGGAGAGAGCGGCCCUGCCCCGGAGGGUGCUGCUGCAGCAUGGAGGGCCUUUGGGCACUCAGAGUCCUGCUGCUCUCCUGCCUGCUGCUGCCCAAACCUGUGUGCAGCCAGACCAGCCCCAACCCUGACCAGCAUCCAGCAGAGCCUGAGGAGUCCCCAUCCAACCAUCAGACAGCCAGGGCCAUGCAGGAGCAGAAGGACAGCGGUGCCCAGGAGGGGCUGCCCCCACAGCCCCACUGCGUCCGCUGCUGCGAGCCACCCAAGCACCACUUCUCCUACCCCCAGUACCAGCCCCAGAUCAACAUGACCAUCUUGAAAGGUGAGAAGGGGGAACGUGGAGAGCGGGGCAUGCAGGGGAAGUAUGGCAAGACGGGGGUGGCCGGCAGCAGGGGCCACACGGGGCCCAAAGGACAGAAGGGCAGUGCUGGUGCCCCAGGGGAGCGCUGCAAGAACCACUACGCCGCCUUCUCGGUGGGCCGCAAGAAACCCCUGCACAGCAACGACUACUACCAAACCCUCAUCUUCGACACGGAGUUUGUCAACCUCUACGACCACUUCAACAUGUUCACGGGGAAGUUUUACUGCUACGUCCCCGGGAUCUACUACUUCAGCCUGAACGUGCACACCUGGAACCAGAAGGAGACCUACCUGCACAUCAUGCGCAAUGGGGCCGAGGUGGUGAUCCUCUACGCGCAGGUGAGCGACCGCAGCAUCAUGCAGAGCCAGAGCGUCAUGCUGGAGCUGCAGGAGCAGGACGAGGUCUGGGUGAGGCUCUACAAGGGGGAACGUGAGAACGCUGUCUUCAGUGAUGAAUAUGACACUUACAUCACCUUCAGUGGGCACCUCAUCAAGUACAGCGGGGACCCCUGAGUGCCUACACUCCAAUCUUGCUCCCUGGGCUGGGGGCCUGCAGAGCCCCUGCUGCUCCUCUCCCUGGGCACACCACUCUCCUUCCAGCUCUCCUUCUAUGUACCACUACCCCCAGCUGUAUGAAUACCAGCCCUCUCCUCCCCCAGCUCCUGGGGGCUGAUUGUGUGCACCUGGAGGAGAUGCAGCUGUUUGUAACCUCUGCUGCAUCCCUGACCCAGGGGCUGGCUGCUCACCUGGAGCACACAGGGAUGUUGUCCAUACCUGUACCCGGCUCAGGGCUGGGUGUGCUGGGUGUCACUGGCUGUGAGCUGGCACCUGCUGGAGUGAUGUGAGCACCUCCACUGCACAACCCCCACCAACACACUCAGUGAGCAGGGGGAGCAGUAAUAAAGCCACUGAACAUCACUUCUGCAGAGCUGUGUCCCCUGGGCUGGUGCUUCCCCGGGGCAGAGCCACCAUCAGAUGGGUGCAGCAGCCCCAUUCCCUCACUGUGCCCCAUGCCACAGCCACAUCUUGAUGCCAGCACCCACCGGGAGGAGCUGCCUGACAUGCAGUGCCUUCAGCCUCAGCCCCAUCCUCCUCAGUUUGGGAUCUGCUGGGCAGGCUUCUUGUUUUAGCAGGCGCACAGGCAGAGCAGGGCCCGGGGCAGCUCUCCGCCUCCUGCUCCAUGCACUUGUGACUGCAUUAAACAUCCCACGGGUUCGGUUUCUACUCACA